AAAUAAAAAAUAAAAAAAAAGAGAGGGACUUUGAGUCAGUGGUGACUGGACCCUGCAAGUUUAUGGAGGAUCGGAUAUCUCUCUCUCUCCUGCCUCAUGACACUUUGUCAACCAGAAAGCUUCAUGGGGUUUUUGACUUUUAGUGAAAGAGUGGUGGAAAAUUGGUCGAGGACCCACUUGCAAAAGCAGAAAAUGUUAGAAUUGAAUUCUUCAAUACAAAUUCCAAGCUGGGUCUGAUUCUCCCUAUCUUCAUACCGUCCUUUUGGUGGUUUUAAGGAAGGUUGAUAGAAUCGCUGAUCCAAGUUCUAAAAAGUUUCUACUGUUUUGGGUUCAUUUCUAGUUUUUUCCUUUUGGGGCUUGGAUUUGCGUACGAUCCAAGUCCUCUUUCUAGGGUAUUCUUUUCUUUUUUCUUUUAUAUUCUCUCUACCAAAAAUGCUUGCUUGACUUUCUUCAUUAAAAAGGAACCCAAAAAAAAAAAAAAGGCUGAGUGAUUUUCAGGGCUAAAAUCUUUUUUGGAUAUGGAGGUGGAUAUAUUUUUCUUGUUUGGUGAAUAUGCAUCCAUGGAAAUUGGUAAUUUUAUCUGAUCUUGGAGGCCUCAGAUUCUACUCUCUGCAGAAUCUUCAUCUGCUGCAGGAAAAAGUUUGUCAACCUAGAGGCAGACAUUUCACAUUAUGGGUUGGCUGACCAAGAUUUUUAAAGGUUCUAGCCAUAAAUUCUCUGAAGGGCGAUAUCAUGGAAGAUAUGAAGAUGGAGUACGGAAUGAGCCUCAUAAUUCAGGGGAUGAAUUGUCAGCUUUUGGCGACGAAGAUAUUGAUUAUGCUAUUGCACUUUCCCUUUCAGAGGUAGAUCAAAAAGGGAAAAAACCAAUUGAUCACGAAUCUGAGUCUGAAUCAGAAGAUGAUGAACAACUUGCUAAAGUUGAUCAAGAGGAUAGUGAACAACUUGCCAAAGUUCAACCAGAGGAAGAUGAUGAACAACUUUCCAAACUUCAAUUGGAGGAAGAGGAUGAACAGCUUGCCAAGGCUCUUCAAGAAAGUUUGAACGUGGAUUCUCCUCCUCGAUAUGAUCAUGGCAAUAUAUUUCAACCGCCUCCUUUCUUCCAACCAUCUGGGUACAGGGUCUGUGCUGGCUGCAAUGAUCCGAUUGGCCAUGGACGAUAUUUGAGUUGCAUGGGUGCCGUCUGGCAUCCAGACUGUUUUCGCUGUCAUGCCUGCAACAAACCAAUUACUGAUUACGAGUUUUCUAUGUCUGGCAAUCAUCCUUACCACAAAUCCUGCUAUAAGGAGCAACAUCACCCAAGAUGUGAUGUUUGCAGCAGUUUUAUUCCAACGAAUUCAGCAGGGCUGAUUGAGUACAGAGCACAUCCUUUUUGGAUGCAAAAGUAUUGUCCCUCCCAUGAGCGUGAUGGAACUCCUAGGUGUUGUAGCUGUGAAAGAAUGGAGCCAAGGGACACAAGGUAUUUAUUACUUGAUGAUGGGCGGAAGCUAUGUCUUGAGUGUUUGGACUCUGCGAUCAUGGACACUCAUGAAUGCCAACCACUUUACCUUGAAAUACAAGAAUUUUAUGAAGGUUUAAAUAUGAAAGUGGAGCAGCAAAUUCCAAUGCUCUUGGUCGAGAGACAAGCUUUGAAUGAGGCCAUGGAGGGAGAAAAGAAUGGUCAUCAUCAUAUGCCUGAAACAAGAGGACUUUGCUUGUCAGAAGAACAGACUGUUACCACUAUUUUAAGGAGGCCAAGGAUUGGGGCAGGUUACCGCAUUAUUGACAUGAUUACAGAGCCUUAUAGGCUGAUCCGUAAAUGUGAAGUGACAGCAAUUCUUGUUUUGUAUGGGCUUCCUAGGUUAUUGACAGGAUCGAUUCUGGCUCACGAGAUGAUGCAUGCAUGGCUCAGGCUUAAAGGUUAUACCAAUCUUAGCCCCGAGGUUGAAGAAGGUAUAUGCCAAGUCUUGGCGCAUAUGUGGUUGGAUUCUGAGAUAUAUUCUGGGUCUGGAAAUGAUAUUGCCUCAUCGUCAUCCUCAUCUUCCUCCUCAUCCCCAUCCUCAUCCACUUCAACAUCAUCGAAGAAAGGUAAACGGUCCGACUUUGAGAAGAAACUGGGUGAAUUCUUCAAGCACCAGAUUGAGUCGGAUACAUCCUCGGCUUACGGAGAAGGGUUCAGAUUAGGUAACCAAGCAAUGCUCAAGUAUGGUUUAAAGAGAACCCUCGAACAUAUUCGACUGACCGGAAGCUUUCCCUAGUGAUAUUACCAGUCUUUGCUGCUCCAGGGGAAAUCAUUAUCAGCGCCAUAGACCCAUAAUAUUAGUUGCAUAGAACUAAAAUCCAUAAAAAAAAAAAAAAUAAUAAUAAUAAUAUAAUAAUAACAACAACAAUAAUAAUAAUACAUCAUAAAAUAAAAACAAGAAAUGAAAAUUCUCAUUUCGUGUGAAUCAAAGUAAUGUCUUUAUAAACUGCCUACGUCGCUAUACUAUAGCACAUUUACAUAAACAUUAUAGCUGUUUGGAAGGAAUCGUGUAUACAAUGAUAUUGUAAUGAUAAGUACCCACUGUACAAAUACCUCAGUGCCGGUGGUACACCUUGUAAACUCUGUUUUUCCGUCUAUCGCAGUUUUCAAAAGAAGAGUUUAUAUAUAAUA